AAUGCUGGGCUAAGUUGAUGGGCUGUUUGUUUUUCAAUUGGGCUGUUUGUUGAUGGUAACAGCAGCAAGAACUGAAGAUGUGUGAAAUUUGAGUCUCUCUCCUUGGUUCCGCCUUCCGCCCUUGACAGUGUUUACGGUAGAGCAAAGCUACUGUCGUCAAUCGUCGCAAACACUCAGCAGACAACCACCGCUUCCACCGCAAAAGCAACCCAAAAUUGUGGUUGCAAUCUAAUUUUAGAUGUUUUGUGGCGAUUGUUGAUAAUGUAGAAGAUGCAGUGUUUAAAGAACUCUAUUCUGAGGCAUGUUAGGCUCCAGCCCUCCUUGAGGACUUGUUCAUUAACUGGAAAUGCAAGUCUACUUGACAAAUUAAGCAGGCAAUUGUGCACUACAACGUCAAACAGCGACAACCAGAUAAUGGAUCGAGUCAUUGGCUUAGUCAAGAAGUUCAAACAAACUGACUCCGCCAAGGUAACUGCAACAACUAAUUUCCAAAAGGAUCUAAGCUUGGACAGCUUGGAGAGAGUGGAGCUUGUUAUGGCCUUCGAGCAAGAGUUCUCCAUUGACAUCCCUGAGGAAGAAGCUGAUAAGCUUACUUGCUGUGCUGAUGUUGCCAAGUAUAUUUUAGAUGAAAGUAAGCAGAGUGCUGACAACAAUUCCUGAUCUUCACCAGGUAUCCCAUCAUGGAAUUGAAUAUUUUGCCAGAUGCUAUCUACUUUGUAUUCGCCUAUCAACUUAUCUUUGCUUCUCUAUAACUAUGCAAAGUUUUUACUUAACCAUUAAACUGAGUUACUUUCUAGAGACAUCAUUAUAAGUUUUGCUCAAA